AUGGAAGAUGAAUCAAGCGAAAGAGAAGUGUUGAAUCCUUGGACGUUACUGUUUAUGAACAUCAUAAUCAUUGGCUCUGUUUUUUUCUCUAAUGUUCCCCUGUUUUUCGGAACUUCGUUUUUAGCCGGAAUCUUGUUCAUGAGGUUGGCGUCAGGUUCAAUUUGGGGUAACGAUGGUUUAGGUGACGGUGUAGUUUGGGAGAGUGGUGAAGAAAACGGCGGCGGUGGUGCGGUGAUCGUAGCUGGAGAAGGAAUUGGUGAUUUCAGAGACGAUAGUGAUAUCUGUGCCGUCGGAGAUGGUGGUGGCAUAGAUUUUGGUGGCGAAAUCGGCGGUGAUUGGGACCUUGUUUCAUUUUCAUCAAUGGAUUUAGACGGCAAAGGAGGUGGAGACGAUGCUUGCGACAUAAGCGGUGAUCGGAGCCGAGUUUCGUCUAUGGAUUUAGACGGCAAAAGCGGUGGUUUCGGUUGGGACUCGAAUUCUUCAGUAGCGUUUAACAUCAUUGACGGCGAAGACGGUGGAGUUUUGGCUUCUUGUGGUGGUGGUAUAGGCUCUUCCUUUGAUUUUGGUGAUAACGGCGACAAGGGUAAAGACUUUGGUUCCGGUGGUGAUUGUGGAUGA